GCGUGGGCUCCUCCUGGGCCAGGAGAUGGGCUCCAUCGGUUCUGCUCCUCGGAGCUUUCUGUGUCCCCCCUGUCCUUCCCAGCCCCUUCCCGGGGCAGGUGCUGAGCUGGAAAAGGUCUUGUUGGCUCCAAGGGCUGCGGCCAAAAGCAGCCGAAAUGCCUGGGUUUUGUGUCUCGGUGGCCUGGGGGUCUCCAAAGAGAUUUGGUGGGCACUCACAACCUCCAACCUGUUCCACCCCAGGGGAAACCACAUCUCUUCCAAGUCAGAUGGAAACCAGAAGCUUUCUCCAACCUCCCCACCGCAUCCCCGGGGUCCCCAUGCUCCCCCCAACCCCACAUCCACAGGGCUGGGCCCCCUGGGGAGCCUGGCCCCUUCUCUCACCCUUGGGAUGAGGCUUUGCGCCCCCCAGCAUCGCGUGGUCUGGAUGCGAGGGGUUCACAGGAGCCACCCUUUGGCUUCCAUUUUGGGGUGUCUGGGGGAGGGGAACCUUUUGGGAAGGAGCGAAAGCCCUCGGUGGGGUGGGCAGCCUCAUCCCGGAGGUGAAGGAAGAGCCUGGUUCCGCUGCAAGGUGCCCCUGGGGCUGGAAACGUGGCUCCCAUCCAGACCCCGUGAGCUGGGCACGAGGAGAAGGGUGGUGGGGAAGGCACGGCGCUGGGUUCAGGUGGGAGCAAGGGACGCGUUCCUGGCAUCCAUGGCACGGGCACGGCCGGCUUCACUGCGUCAUCAGCAGGGCAUUACGCACCUCAAGAGAGAGGCACGAAGCCUUCAUCACCCCCGGCGAGGAAAACCUGCGGUUUUCUCCGUGUGGUCCCUCCCCGUCCGUCUCCUUCGAGGAGGAGGACGUUGGCCUUGGGUCCGAGUGGGAGCCCCAAGCUCCCAUCGAGGGACGCAAACGUUGCUGCCGGAGGUAACGCUGCGAAUGCCGACGCUGUUAACUCCUUCACUGCGCACACAGACCUCUAACAUCCACUAUCGAACAGACGCAAUUCCUUAAAAUAAAAAACACAAGGACGUGUUUCCACGUACGAUUCGCUCUCA